AUGGCGGACCAGCACUACUAUCAGGCCCCCGCGCCGGGAGUCGCUCCUGGUCAACACCCCUCCGAUCCCAAUCGACAUCCUCACCAACCUCCUUAUCCAGGCCAGCAACAUGCUGGGUUUCCUCCUGGCCCUUCUCCUCCUCAGCCCGGCGCUUACUACGGGGCCGGUGCUCCCAACAACCAACAAUGGCCCGCCUCCGCAUACGGUUCUCCGCCGGUACAGCAACCUUUACAACCCCCGUCCCAAUUCGCAUACAACACGAGUUCGCAACCCGCUAUGGCCUCACCGGCUGACCCGAUGGCCGGGCUGACAUCACAAAUGAGCGGGCUGGGUAUUAUGGGAGAAGGAGCCGCACGGAGUUCGAAGAAGAAGCACCGUCACGCAUACCACGAUAUCGGGACAGCACCCGCGGCGCAACAACUGCCAACAGGCCCCGGGGACGCCCUACCGCAGCCAUCUACGCAAUUCUUAAAUACCGGGCUGAAUCAAGUUCCUCGCGCCGUUUCCCCAGCAUUAAGUGCUUCCGGGGGUAUACCACAACCGACUUUCGGUGCCGCAUCAGAGGCAGCUCAUGGAACGGUCCCUACUCAGGGGAGAAUUGAUCCGGAGCAGAUCCCUAGCAUACCACGUUCUCGCGAUAUUCCGGCGCAAUACUAUUUCAGCCAUGUCUACCCUACAAUGGAGCGCCAUCUAGCUCCUCCCGCAGCCGUUCCGUUUGUGGCUCACGACCAAGGCAACUCGUCCCCGAAAUAUGCUCGCUUGACGCUGAACAACAUCCCAUCUUCCUCUGACUUCCUUUCCUCGACCGGUCUGCCGCUAGGAAUGAUAUUGCAGCCAUUUGCUCGUCUCGACGCCGGCGAACAGCCGAUCCCGGUGCUUGAUUUCGGUGAUGCAGGACCUCCUCGUUGUCGCCGCUGCCGCACAUAUAUCAACCCGUUCAUGUCUUUCCGAUCUGGCGGUAGCAAGUUCGUUUGCAACAUGUGCACCUUCCCCAAUGACGUUACUACCGAGUACUUUGCUCCGAUUGAUGUUUCAGGGGCACGUGUCGACCGCAUGCAGCGUCCAGAGCUCAUGCAGGGCACCGUCGAAUUCCUCGUACCGAAGGAUUACUGGAACAAGGAGCCCGUUGGUCUUCGUACAUUAUUCUUGAUUGAUGUUAGCCAUGACUCUAUCAAGAAAGGCUUCCUAAAGGGUGUCUGCAAGGGUAUUAUGAAGGCGCUUUACGACGAAGAGUCAUCAGAAACUCCCGAUGAGACUACGCCAGCACGGAAAAUACCUGAAGGGUCGAAGAUUGGUAUCGUUACCUAUGACCGCGAGAUUCAGUUCUACAAUCUUAGUGCGGAACUUCAACAGGCGCAGAUGAUGGUGAUGACGGACCUACAAGAACCGUUCGUUCCUCUGAGUGACGGACUAUUUGUGGAUCCGUACGAAUCAAAAAAUGUGAUUACCUCUCUUCUGGAUCAGAUCCCAUCUAUCUUCUCCCGCGUCAAGACCCCGGAGCCCGCCCUUUUCCCAGCCCUGAAUGCAGCGCUCUCGGCCUUGCAGGCUACUGGUGGUAAAAUCAUCGGUGCUAUCUGCACCCUGCCGACGUGGGGCCCUGGGGCCCUAGCGCUCCGGGAUGACCCUAAAGCUCAUGGGACAGAUGCAGAGAGGAAGCUUUUCACCACGGACAAUACUGCCUGGCGAGAAACUGCAGGAAAGCUGGCGGAGGCUGGUGUUGGCGUUGACAUGUUCAUAGCUGCGCCUAGUGGCACUUAUAUGGAUGUUGCCACUAUUGGCCAUGUUCCCGAGGUUACCGGCGGAGAAACCUUCUUCUAUCCCAACUUCCACGCACCAAGGGAUAUUCGAAAACUCUCCGAGGAAGUGGCACAUGCAGUCACAAGGGAAACGGGGUACCAGGCGCUGAUGAAAGUCCGAUGCUCAAACGGGUUGCAGGUGUCGGCAUACCACGGAAACUUUGUGCAGCAUACAUUUGGCGCUGAUCUUGAAAUUGGCGCCAUUGAUGCCGACAAGGCCAUUGCCGUCCUUUUCAGCUAUGAUGGCAAACUUGACACGAAGCUGGACGCGCAUUUCCAAGCUGCUUUGUUGUAUACAUCGGCGAACGGGCAGCGUCGGGUGCGCUGUAUCAACAUAGUGGCGGCGGUUAACGAGGGCGGACUGGAGACGAUGAAGUUCAUUGAUCAGGAUGCGGUUGUAAGCAUAAUCGCUAAAGAAGCUGCCGCCAAAACACUGGACAAGAACCUCAAAGACAUUCGCUUGAACAUCACGGAGAAGGCUGUGGAUAUCUUCAGCGGAUACCGUAAGGUCUUUUCUGGAUCGCACCCUCCUGGUCAGCUUGUACUGCCGGAGAAUCUCAAAGAAUUUUCUAUGUUCAUCCUCGGCUUGAUCAAGUCGCGGGCCUUCAAAGGCGGCCAGGAAUCAUCAGACCGACGCAUCCACGACAUUCGGAUGCUACGGUCAAUAGGCUGCACCGAAUUAUCACUCUACUUGUACCCAAGGAUCAUUCCCAUCCACAACAUGCAGCCGGAGGACGGAUUCCCGAACGAGCAAGGCCAGCUACAAGUUCCGCCUUCCCUUCGGGCGAGCUACUCCAAGAUCGAGGAAGGUGGAGUAUACUUGGUGGAUGACGGACAGCAGUGUCUCUUGUGGCUUCACUCUCAAGUAUCCCAUAACCUGCUGGAGGAUCUCUUUGGUCCUGGCCAUUCAUCCUUGCAAGAGCUCAGCCCGCAAACAUCGUCCAUUCCAGUACUGGAGACACAUCUAAACGCGCAGGUUCGCAAUCUGCUCCAGUACUUCUCUACCAUUCGGGGGUCAAAGGCGGUUACGAUCCAACUCGCCCGGCAAGGACUCGAUGGGGCCGAGUACGAAUUUGCGCGGUUGCUAGUAGAAGACCGUAACAACGAGGCCCAAAGUUACGUGGACUGGUUGGUGCACAUCCAUCGGCAAAUCAACAUGGAGCUUGCCGGACGCCGCAAACGCGAGGAGGCAGCUACGGAAGGGUCACUGGCGGGUCUGACUGGGCUACGGGCACCCUAUUGGUAA